UGUGGUUGGAUGUUCGUGAAGAAUCUUGUGGCUUUAUCUAUCGUUUCUUUGAAAUAAUGUAAAAAUUGAGUAAAGUUUGUAUAUUUGAUUGCUCGUUAUACUCGCUCCGCUUGUUAUUUAUAGCGAAGUGAUUUCUCUUAUUAGUCGUCAAGAUGAUGUCUGAUCGGAAGGCGGAGUUAGAAAGGAAGAAGGCGAAGCUGCAAGCUAUUAGGGAAGAGAAGGAGAGACGCAGGAGAGAGAAAGAACAAAAGGAUGUAGAAGAAGCUACCGUUCGUGCCGCCGGCACGGACAAGGAUCAGCGUAAAGAGAUAGAUGCAAUGCUGUCUUCUUUGGGUGUAGCGCCAGUGUCAGAUGUGCUCUCUAGUUUGUCUAGUAUGAGCUCAUUGACGCCUGAACAAAGUGCUAAUGCUACACCGGACGCCAGCUUGCAACCGUCUAGUAUAAAUUCUGCUCAGAGCGUAGGACGAAGAAAGAAUCGAGAGCUUACGAUUGUCUCCGUGGCGCACACAAAUAUUCCACCAAAAGAACCGGUUGUCUACAGCAAGCAAACGCAAACCAUUCAGACUACGCAUACAUCCCACGACGGACUGUCCACAUCGUCCUCUGCAUACACCAUCUACUCCUCCUGUUCAACAACAACACCAACUCACUCUUGCUCCGCAGGCUACUUUGAGACUGACUGGUGGCGUCCCAGGAAAGGUGGGUCUGCACCAAACUACCUAUCUCAUGCAUUCGACUAUUACGACGAGUACAAUCUAAAUCCUGGUUUAGAAUGGGAGGACGAGUUCACAGUUUUGACAUUUGAUGAUGGCCAAGCCGAAGAUGAAGAAAAUAGCUUGCCGCACAUGGACGGUUUCCAGAGUAAACUUCCACCAGGAAUACUCCCUCACGGAUUACCGCAAGUUAAGGAGGUUCAACCUGCUGUUACACAGGUAGAGCAAGAGAAAGAGAAAGAGAAGCCUAAAAAAGAAGUACGGGAACUCAGCGAAGAAGAGAAGCAAAUGAUUAUCCUAUCGGAAGACUUCCAACGAUUCCUCGAUCGCACUAGCAGAAUUGUAGAAAGAGCAUUGAGCGAAUCGGUUGAUAUCUACACCGAUUAUGCUGGCACUAUGGACGGCGAAGAUGGAAUGGAUGAGAAGAGUCAUCAACGACUCUGGCUCAAUCGCUCGUUCAUCUGUGAGCGAUGGUCUCGUAAUCGUUGUGUGACCUCCAUGGAUUGGUCACCGCAGUUCCCCGAGCUUUUAGUAGCUUCGUACAUCAACAAUGACGACACUCCGAACGAUCCUGACGGUGUAUGUUUAAUCUGGAACACGAAAUUCAAGAAAACAACUCCAGAGUUUAUCUUCCACUGUCAGUCACCCGUUAUGUCUACCACGUUCGCCAGAUUCCAUCCAAACUUGAUCCUGGGCGGCACUUACUCUGGUCAAAUCGUGCUAUGGGACAACCGAGUACAGAAAAGGACUCCCAUACAACGUACCCCCUUAUCUGCCACUGCGCACACCCAUCCAGUAUACUGUUUGAACGUCGUUGGAACACAAAACGCACACAAUUUGAUUAGCAUUUCAACAGACGGCAAAUUGUGCUCAUGGAGUCUGGACAUGCUGUCACAGCCGCAAGAGGCAUUGGAAUUACACACGAAGCAAUCGAAAGCGAUCGCCGCUACGUGUUUGGCCUUUCCGCACGGCGACGUUAACAAUUUCGUCAUGGGAAGUGAGGACGGAACUGUUUACUCGGCCUGUCGGCACGGUAGCCGUGCUGGGUUGACGGAAACGUACGAGGGUCAUCAGGGACCGGUCACUGGCAUUAGCGCACACGCAGUGCAAGGCGGUAUAGACUUCUCUCAUCUAUUCCUGACAUCCUCUCUCGACUGGACUAUCAAACUCUGGAGCCUGAAAGAGAACAAGUCGCUCUACUCUUUCGAGCAUAACGGCGAUUACGUUUAUGAUGUUGCUUGGUCUCCAACACACCCGGCCCUGUUUGCCGCUGUUGAUGAUUCGGGCAGGUUGGAUUUGUGGAAUCUGAAUCAGGAUACGGAGGUACCCACCGCUAGUGUCGUCGUUGACGGAUGUCCUGCUCUAAACAGGGUAUCAUGGACGCCAAGCGGGUUGCAUGUCACUGUCGGAGACGAUACUGGUAAAAUAUGGGUGUACGACGUCGCCGAGCAUCUAGCUCAUCCCAGAAUUGAUGAAUGGAACAAAUUCCUGUACACACAACAGGACCUGAAGAACAACAAAGCAGAUGAAGAACUAGAUAAGCUUAACCUUAGUUCUGGGCCAUCUUCGUUAACAUCUAUGACAUCUAUUUCAUCAGUUCCUCUUAGAUAAAAAUUGAUAUAGUUUAACUUGCUUCAGUGAUUUAAUUGCUCUAAUAAUUUUUUGUUACAACUGAUUACACUUACAAUCAUAUAAAGAGCAAGUAAAACUUAUCUAGCUCGUAAUGUGUAACAAUAAUAAAAUAAGAAUAAAGGCAAUAAGCAAGUAAUUAAUAUAAUAAAGAUGUUGAAAAUUAAUUUAUUAUGUUGUUUGAUAAAAAGGACCGUAUGCGUUUCGAACUCACAGCGAUGUUAACGUACAUAAUUUUUAAAAUGAAAACAGAAAAAAAUUACUGAAUCAGCAUGAACAUUAGUUAUGGAAUGAGAAUGUCGACAAGAACCCAAAUCGAAAAAAGAACUAUGUAAAAUGUUCAUUGCCGAUGUCAAACAAUUGUAUUCGAAUUCUUCGGUCAAAAGUAUAUGUUAUCAAAUAAUCAAUAAUUAAUAGAACGAAUUGGAUGAUUCAGUCAUUUUCCCGUCUUCGGCGAUAAAGUGAUACAUCCAGAUAUUUUUUUGGCCAUUGAGGUUGUCAAUACAAAGAUGUGUCAGUCAAAAGAUAAAUUUUCCAGAAUUCCAAGCAAGGCAAAAGUGAUAUAGA